GAACUUUUAAUCCGCAUACAUGAUUCGCCGACAUAUAUCUGCGGCGCAUAUAUGCUUGAGAUGCCAAAUACGAUUAGAUCGAAGGCCUUUACCAUCCCUAGCCCGGAGAGCGUAUUCUACCGAAUUGGAUGCAGAUCAUGAAGACAAUGGGUUACAGACGUCGAAUGUUCAAUCGCAGGGAAGUAAAUGGGACAGCAAUGGAGAAACAGAGUUACAUACCAGCGAAAAGGAUACAGAUACAGCGAGACCCAGAGAAUGGCCACCAGAACGGCAGGACGACAUCGUUAUAAGAAGGACCUAUGGUGUGUUAAAGGGUCCAAAAUUAAGCCGCGGCGUUAAACACAUCAAGCCAGAAGGACAUAUCAAAGAAUAUAAGCCUAAGAUCUAUGGACGUACUGGAACAAAACAAGUUGGAAAUAGUGUGACAUUAUCAGGUGUGGAUGCGUUGGGGAAGGACGCUGAAGUCCUCGUCUUGCGAGAUUUGAUGUCAAAAUCUCAAAAGGUGAAGAAGAAGAAGAGUCCUCUUGGCGAAGGUCCAGCACCUGAACCUAUUAAUAUUCUAGCUAGACUUCAAAGCGAAAGAGGAAUUGUAUCUUCAAAAGAUGUCGAAGCACAUAUCAAUGAAUGCAAACCUACAGAGGGAACCAUACAAACAUGGGACGACUUCAACGGUCUCGUACAAUUAUUAAAUAAAAGUUUCACGAUUCCUCAGCUGAAGAAUUAUGUUCAGUCAUACCCAGAGGAAGAAAGAAUGAGGAAAGUACCAUCUCUCGGUGUUGGAAUUUUAUACGACGAGAACGCAAUUUUCCGAGCCACUCCGUGGGUACCAGAAAUCUCCCCUAUAAACCAGCCAGUUGAUGACAAUCCCUUGCGGGGAUAUUCUCCAGCAUCCUAUAAUUACAAACAAAACAUUGCGGUAAGGAUAUUAAGGGAAUGCUGGCAAAUGGAAGUUCCAGAACUUGUUGAUGGAAUAGGUGAAGUCGAAGUUCAAGUUCAGAUAAGGGAUCUAGACUUUUUAAAUACCCAGGGAUACAUAGAAUCUUUGAUCAAGCGAUAUUAUCUAAACGACCCCGAAAAGAUUGAAAUAUAUCGACCUCGUCAAGUGCUCCGCAUCACCUCGACUCGAGAAAAGGCUGCUCUCAUUAUUGCUGAGAUCCAAGAUGGAAUACAAAGUAUUAGCAGAGAGGAAUUCCAGUUGAAGGACUUAUGCUUUUCUCAUUAUAUCAGAGGGUGGGAGAAUAGGACUCUUACUCCAGAAGUAUUGGCUAAACUUGGUGAAUUGACCAAAACGGAUAUCAGAAGAUUGCCACACAAAGAGCCGACUCUUCUAAUUUCGUCCAUAAUUACCGACAGAAAAACAGAUUUGUCAAAACGGGCUGAUGUAGUAAAACGCUUGUUACUAGAUCUAGCCCGCUUCGAUGGGUCUGAUCACAAUUCAAGAAAAGUUGGGUUGCGAGACUUCAACGAGUCUUCUUCCACACUUGACUUGCCUGGAGGUUUUGUCAGAUAUCCAGGAUCGCGUGAGCUUUCUUGGCACGAAAGGCUUCGUACGUGGAGUCGAUGGACUACAGCCACCUCUAAGUCUGCGGCCAUCGAUAGCCCGAUUGAAACGAGUCAAUACACCUUUCCUUUCAACACUGUGGACGUGAAACUAGCUGGAAACCCCCAGAAGAGCGCCAAUCCUGAAGGGGCCGAGUUUUUAUGGUCUUAUGAGUACUCGCCCUCUACCACGAUUAAAGCCGGAACUGUUCUACACAAUAUUAGCGGUCAUCGAAUUGGAAGAUAUAUUGAUAAUGAUAUGGAGCAUUCAAGGGGACCACCCGCGAUAUCCCCCGAUAAGACAUUGAAUAUGAUCAACCUGAAGACUGAGAUGGAUAAUGGAUCAAUCCGAAUAUUUUCCGCACAAGCACCAAACAUAUCAGGCCUAUUUCAGUCGGAUCAUAUCAAAAAUGGACAGUUUGACAGUGCAAACCAGGAACUUGUUAUGCAAUUUAAACCUAAUCCAUCGGCGCUAUGUCCAAAUGGCGUCCCAAUUGGGCCUUCCGCUUUCAAUGACUUUCCUCCGAUAGAGAUUUCUUUCAUCAUCAAUCGAGAAUCUCUUGAAGUAGAGUUUCGGGAGCUUCAUGCUAUUGUUUCCACUGAGACAGCGGAUUUGAUGCUCCCUGAACUCAAAGCAGAUCUUCAAUUUCAAAGAAUGAUUCGUUCAAGAAUGUUACUUGAUGAAUCUGAAUCAAAUGGUGGGCUGGAUGGUCUGAAAUUAGCCGCACUUUCUGUAAAGAGUUUCAUUCAGAAUUCCCAACUAGAUCUAACCAGUGAACGGCCCCUAGAAACACCACCGAAAUUGGUCAUUCCCCUCGCUAGACAUCUUUGCACUGAUAAUGGCUGGAAACGCAUGAAUGGCAAGCCAAGAUCGGGUGUUGAUGUUGAAUAUUUGUUUGCCAAACUCGAAUACAGAAAGAAGACAACUUACAAUUUCAAUAAUCACGAAAUAUGCUGCACAAGUAUCGAGGCAGGAAAAGCUGGUGGUUCACAUUUGGAAUUGAGUCUUACAUCUCGAUCCAUGCCAAAUCAAGAUGAAUUCAAUGAGACUAUGAAGACAGCGUUGAAGAUGGUACAGUUGAUGGAUAUCAAGAAUUUCACAAGUGUCUAUGGACAGGUGAGAGAAACAUUCCCAGAACGAAAAGAUCCGGUCUUGGGCCCUGAUGAUUUCAAAUACAUACCAAAGAGGCCUAGUGAUUUCUUGGACGUGAAAAGACUGUACGAAAAAGAUGACGAAAAGAAAUCCAGAUUUGACAGUGCGCCGGUUAAGGAGGACGUCGAUGAAUUGCAUGUGUCGUUGAAUAAAGGACAAGAACCUCAAGAUUCUGAGAGCGGAAGAUGGUAACUGUUUAUUGGAUCUAAAGUUACAUGGUUAUAAACAUUGUAAAAAGCUGUAAUAUAUGAAAUUAUGAAGCAAAAUGGGAUCUGGAGUCAUAAAGGAGAACAUGGCGAGCAUUGCUGUCGGUCUUUUGAAUACACGACAGGACUCCUCUGUUAGGUACAUACUAGAUGUUACUUGUAAACACUCAUACUAAAUACUAUACAACCAACUCAAAUGUUAGAUAUGCAACUUCCUCGCA